AUGGGCUUGUCACUCACACUAGCGCGAGUGUGUGUCGAAUCAUCGGACCUGGACGGAGCGCUUCUAAGUAUGGCCAAAGCCGCGGAUUACAUCGACCAACUAAAGAAUAUCAACAAUUUGACUACUGAAGACAGGGCUCAGGUGCAAAAGAUUGAGGCUGAAUACUUGACCAUGCGAUGUGCUUUGGGCCGUCUCGACGUUGCGGAGCACAUGUACGCCAAAGCAGAUGUCCUCUUGCACGAUCUCGAUCCAAUUUCUGCUGAACAUUUGGCUGACACGUUUCACGGAAUCGGAGGCGACCUCUUGUCCAAGGGCGAUAAUGAAAUGGCUUUGAAGUGGCUCCGGCGAGCACUUGACCUCAUAAAUGACCAAGCGCUAGAAAGGCUUUCAACAGAAGGGUUGGAACUUCGAAUAUCCAUCCACCACGAACUCAUACAGGCAUUUCUCGCCACAGGAUCGCAAGAUGGACUACAAGAAGCUGAGAAUCUAGUGUCGCAUGUUGAAUCAGAGAUCGGGGACAAGCCAGUGGUUUUACAUUGGAGACUCGAGAUUCUUCAACGAUCUCCAAGCGAAGUCUUCAACGCUGAUGCAUGCGCGAGUAUAUUGCGCCGUAUGAUACGGUCGCUUGAUCUGUCGGACGCUGGGCUCGGCUUUCUUCUGCAUGCGAUCAGCGAACUGCGAAUGAGAGGUCCCCGUUUGGCGAUAGGUCUCAUGGAUGAGUUAUUGCUCAGGAAACUUAUGCCUUUUCGCAACAUGGACUGGAUAGGCAAGGCCGUUGUCCGGCGAGUUUGGAUGGGCACGAUGGAAGCAGACGCGUCUGUGAGCGUAGCAGAUUUAAACCAGACCCUGGAUCAGCUCGUUCAAGAAGCUGGUCAGUGUGAUGUUGAGGCGUCGACUGCUGCACUUUCUCUCAUUUGGAAGAAGCUCGAUACUAGUUAUUCCAAGAAACAGUACAAAGAAUCCCAGCUUUGGUGCCAGGCUGCGCUCCACUCUAUCUUUGCGAAUAGUGGCGAGGCAUGCCAGGGCAAGUUCAGCAGAAGGCUGGUGCUGUGCGCUACUUCUUGUAGUGAUACAGAGACUGCAUUUUCUGCAUUUCACUCAAUGCCUAAAAGUACCCAGGAUGAGCCACUCACCAGAUACCUCAUGUUCAGGGUUUCUCUUCUGAACUGGGACCAUGACUUGGGUCGUCAAUGUGUCGAAUUCCUGGGCAAAUUUGCCGAGAAAGCUCAGUGUCGAGAUAUACUAUACGCAUGUAUAAGAGAUGCACAGCACGUCGGCGAUAAGCUGAUGACCUUGGAAGCUUUAAAGGCGGUUGCUGGAACCUUUGAUGAUGAAGGCUCUUUGACUAUCAAUCUGCCAUCGAUUCUGAGGUGUACCAUCAGGCUUAUACACUCGCUUGAGUCGCAAGGGGGUAGCGAAGGAGACGCAAGUCCUGAACUUGCAGGAGAAACUUGCCGGAUUUUCGAAAGGGCUUGUGAGCACGCCAAAUUGGAUCCAAGGGAUGAGCAAGGUUGCAAAGUCUUCACAGGGCUGUGGCAUCUGAUCCGCAUUUUCCGUGCGUGUCUCGCAUUUGUGGAUUGUUACCCAUCCGAUCUUCCUUCGGAGGAUGAUACUGAUCUACGACUUAUGUCCGUCCGUUGCCACUUUGUCGUCGCCGCGGCACUUGUCUCCCAGGCUCGUACCGAGGACAAGGUUGAUGAACAGUUGCAGCAGUACCUUGAAACAAGACGGCACAUUUCAGAAUUCGACACCCUUUUUGACGCUCAUUUCCGAAACGAUCCCAAGUCUCAGAUAUAUCCCGACCUCCUAGCCAAGCUAUCAACGCUUUUUGUCUUUGACUUCGAGAGUGCCGUGUGCUUAAGGAGUUGGGACGAUCUUAGUCAGAUUAUCAGGAAGGCCCAAAUUUGCAAAAGUGAGAUUAUGUAUAAGGCAAUGGGAGACUGCUUGUUAAGGAGUGAAGCUUCAGGAAAUGUCGUGUAUGGAACCAUGCGGCUUAUAAUCAAUGAGAUAUUCUCACUGGAGCAAUUUGACAACCAGCAACUCGCAAAGUACAUGCGUUGCAUGUUCCAAGCUAUUCUACCCCUGGAUGACAACCUUGCUUUCCAGGUUGUGGAACAAGCAGUCCAGAUAGCACGCGAAGGAAGCCAAGUGCAGAGGCCUUUUCCUGCAGAGGACUUGGACUGGAUCAUCGCAACAACAUUUAAUCAUGCGAUUGAUAUCUUGGCGAGAGGUGAUGAGAAUCUAUGUCAGCAAUGGGCUAUGAAGGCCCUUGACCUGACCGAGUACAUGGAUGAUAAUGGCGAUAUGCGAGACAUGCUGCGGGAGAGAGUUGUCAAGCUGGGCUUGAGCAAAGGGACACCCAGCUGA